UUGGGAUAGUUUAUGGUGAUAAUCUGAUUUGUAUACAGAUCCGGCGUAUAACGCAGACUGCUUUAACCCUGGUUACGUUCUAAACGGAGAGCAAACACAACCUCAUAGUUCGUCAUACGCAAUUGGUGAUGUCAUCUAUUUCGCCUCUGCAUGCCCAUCCCCUAAUAUCAUGGAGGGCUUCAACUCUAUCACGUGUUCUACAUCCGGGAACUGGACAGACCGCCCACCGACCUGCACGGUCAGGUGUCCCAUGCCGGUCACCCCGAAGCACGCGCGGUUCAGCACCGGGCAAACUCUGCUCGAAUUCCACGUCGUCGGUGACGUAAUAACGUAUGAGUGCAUUCACGACGCGACUCGGGCCAACGAGACGAUGGUGUGUGGAUAUUACGGCUCUUGGGAGGUUGUUAAAGGCAAGGAGCAAUGUCCAGGGGCGUGUGAGAGCAAUCCAUGUUUUGGAGCAGCGACGUGCGACAAUAACCGUAUCGAUCCAGAGAUUGGGUACAUUUGCUACUGCCCCCUUGGAUUCGAAGGGCAAAACUGUGAACUGCAACAAAGUGGCGUGACGACUCCUCUCUGUGGUCAGAACUUCUACAACCGAACCGGUGUCAUUACUAGUCCAAAUUACCCGAACAACUACGACAACAAUAACAAUUGCACUUACCUCAUCCGAGUCAGCCGGACGGAAUCCAUUCAUUUCACUGUCCAUGAGUUCAUGUCGGAAACGGGCAAGGAUUAUCUCUCUUACGGAGAGGGAUACUCGGUUUAUCCGGACCCGGGUUCAACUCACGCCGAUUAUCCGAUGUUGAGUGGCUAUACACUGGUAAGAAAGAACGCGACAUUCGAUUUCGAGUGGGAUAACAUCUGGCUUCACUGGCAUACCGAUUCGGAGUAUUCCAAGAAAGGAUUCAACAUCUCAUACAGCACUAAAACGCCAACCUGCGAGCUUGAUCCGACAGGGGUGAAGUAUAGGGGCAACUUAUCUCAGACCAAAACUGGUUACACCUGCCAGAACUGGAUUGCGCAGUACCCUCACGAACAUUUGGACUUCCCCACAAUGUUCCCUAACAGCGGGAUUGGAGACCACAACUAUUGCAGGAACCCUGACGGCGAAAACACCGCUUGGUGCUAUACCACCGACCUCUCUGUUAGAUGGGAAUUAUGUGCUGUAGGCUACCUUGACCCGGAGUGCAUGACCACCCCAUUCUGCGAGCUUCAUCCGACAGGAGUAAACUAUAGGGGCAACUUAUCUCAAACAAUAUCUGGUUACACCUGUCAGCACUGGACUGCGCAGCAUCCACACAACCAUUCUUGGAUCCCUUCUUUGUACUCUUACAGAGGGCUUGGAGACCACAACUAUUGCAGGAACCCAGGCGGCGAAACCACCGCUUGGUGCUAUACCACCGACCCCUCUGUUAGAUGGGAACUAUGUGCUGUAGGCUACCUUGACCCAGAUUGCAUGGCGACUCCAUUUGAAGGUACACAUCCUUGUGAAUAA